AUGUCAGACUGGGAAUCCGAUGAUGCUCCUGCCCCUACUGCGGCCUCGAUCGCGACCAAGAUAGCCGUAAAGAGCAAAUGGGAGGGUGAAGACGAAGAGGAAUCAUCUCCAGUCAGCGAUUGGGACGCAUCCUCGGACGAAUCCUCAGACGACGAUAAACCAGCAGCAGCACCCGUAGCACCCCCAAAAAAGAAAGGCACGGUGAAACAGAAGAUAGCGGAGAAAGAAGCUGCGAAAGCUGCACUAGCGGGCAAUGAUGAUGUGGAGUAUGAUGAAGACUCUGUCCUUGAUCCGCGCGACAAGGCGAGGUUGGAUAGGGAGCGGGAGAUUAAAGCUGAUUUGGAUAAUGCUGCUGCGCUUUUUGGUGCUGCUGGCCUCGGAGGCACCUCAUCAUCCGAUCUAGACGCGCUGAUUUCCGCCGAUCCCCGCACAAAAGAGGAUUUCCAGGAUUUCUCAGCAAGAAUCAUCGAAUUCAUCGUUAAGCAACAUGAGACCAAACCUUUGUACGCGUCAUUCGUGGAGCAUCAUGUCCGAGAGCUCUGUCAGCCUUUGAAGGACGUGGAGAUCAGGAAAGCUGCGAGUGGGCUUACGACGCUUGCUAAUGAGAAGCAGAAAGAGCAGAGAGACAAAACGAGCGGGAAGAAGAAAGUCAAAGCUGCUGCGAAGCCUGUCCUAGGCUCGGCGAAAGUCGCCAACAAAUUUGACACGGGGGUGUAUGAUGAAGCGCUGGAUGAUUUCGGUACCAACCAAGACGAUUUUAUGUAG